GCUCACACAGCCCAGACGCUCAAGGCUGCCAAGUCUGCACAAAGACGAGCUGCGCAAAGUUAGCGACGCCCUCACCUGAUGUCACGCAGCCCCCGAGACGGCCGUGGGACCUGCGGGGACAAUAUUUAAGGUCCGCCUUAUUAUCCCGAUCUUGUCAGUAGAAGAAAAGGAGCAGCGGCGGAGCAUUUGGGACGUGGAGAAAAAUUGUUUUAGAAGAGCAAAAAAAUCAAAGGGGACGGUGAACUUGGAUUUAAAGAAGACCCUUCGGCGGCCAGGACUUCUCCGCUUCAUCGAGUCAAUCGCACAUCACGGCAGGAUGCUUCAUUCUGUGGCUCUCCAGCUCCUCGGAGUCAUUUUAUUCACAUCAGCAGUGCUGGGAUUUGAUAGAAGCGCUCCCAUCCCCGUAUCCUGCAUCACCCGAGGAGCCGACCUGACGGAUGAGAAGGUGUGGGUCCUGUGCCCCGUGGACUGCGCUCGGCGGCAGGUCACAGUCUUUGGGACGUCUGUCUACGCCUCGGUGUCCAGCGUCUGCGGAGCAGCCCUUCACGGAGGUGUGAUCAGCAGGUCUGGGGAACCAAUCAGAGUGCAGAAACUUCCCGGCCAAGAAAAUUACAUCGGCUCCUUUGCGAAUGGGAUUAAGUCCCAAAGUCUGGCCAGAUGGAUCUCAUCCUUCACAGUGUCCACAGAUGCUCCCUCCGAGCCCAUGGAAGUCUCCAGCCAGGGCAAGUCGACUGUGUUGCCAGGUAAAAAGAAGGGCGAGAAAAGACCUCCAAACGGAAACAAGGACUGCAAAGUGGACAUCGCAUUCCUCUUAGACGGCAGUUACAACAUCGGACGCCGGCGGUUCAACCUGCAGAAGAACUUCAUCAGCAAGCUGUGCGUGAUGCUGGGCAUCGGCCCCGAGGGACCCCACGUGGGAGUUGUCCAGGCCAGCGAGAUUCCCAAGACAGAAUUCUACCUGAAGAACUUCAGCCAACCCAAAGAUGUCAUCUUCGCUAUUAAGGAGAUGGCGUACAGAGGAGGAAACACCAACACAGGAAAGGCCCUGAGGCACACCGCAGAAACCUUCUUCACCCCGGAGACGGGCUCACGGAGGGGUCUGCCGCGUGUGGCUGUGAUAUUAGUGGACGGCUGGCCCUCAGACGAUAUCGAAGACGCGGCCACAAUGGCGAGAGAAUCCGGCAUCAACGUCUUCCUUGUCUCCGUUGCCAGGCCGACCCCCGAGGAACUGGGAAUUGUGCAGGACAGAACGUUCAUUCAGAAGGCGGUGUGUAAGGACAACGAUUUCUUCUCCUUCACCAUGCCCAGCUGGUUCAGCAUCAACAAAUACCUGAAGCCUUUGAGCCAACGGUUGUGCAAUGAAGAUCAGAUGCUCUGCAGCAAAACCUGCUACAACUCGGUCAACAUCGGCUUCCUCAUCGAUGGCUCCAGCAGCGUCGGAGACAACAACUUCCGAUUGGUUCUUGAUUUUAUUGCCAACAUCGCAAAGGCUUUCGAGAUCUCGGACAUCGGGUCCAGAAUCGGGGCCGUCCAGUUCACCUACGAACAGAAAAUCGAAUUUGACUUCAACACACAUUCCACAAAAGACACCACCCUGGCUGCCAUCUACGGAAUUCGCUACUUGAGCGGAGGAACUGCGACGGGGGAGGCCAUCACAUAUGCCGCUGGCACCUUGUUUAAGCCACACAAGGGAGGCUCCCGUCGAAACUUCCUCAUCAUCAUCACAGACGGCCAGUCCUAUGAUGACGUCAAGGCUCCGGCCCUCGCUGCGCAGAAUGAAGGCAUCACCAUCUACUCGGUAGGAGUCGCCUGGGCACCACAGGACGACCUCAGAAACAUGGCCUCCGAGCCCAAGGACAGCCACACCUUCUUCACCAGGGAGUUCACGGGAAUGCACCAGUUUGAACAGCCCAUCAUUAAAGGCAUCUGUAAAGAUUUCAUGGAGUCGCACUAAAGGAAGACGUCAGGGAGUUCUGGAGAGAGGAAACACCUGGAGAGGACACCGCAGCUCAGGCCCGCCUGCAACAAUAGCGCAGCAUCGACGCAUUGUCUGCAACCCACCCGACGCCACCCACCCUCCUGGCAGUACCGCUGGCCACACCUCUCGGGGGGGCUCAGAGUGGGCAGCACUGCACUGCACCUCACAGGGGAGCAGAGAGCGGGACGCCUACUGAGACUAGUAAGCCGCCAACCAGUAAUGGCCGUGGCGCUGUAUGCGGCGACUCUUGCAUGCUCGAUGAUGGACUUCGGUCUUCAGCUUGUAUUUUAUCUUCUGUACGCUGAUUUUUAUUGUUAAAGGAACAGUAAAAGCCUCGGCUUCCUCUCUUUCCCUACUUUGCAUUAAACCCGAUGGUAGCUGACCGUCGUCAAACGCACGUUUGUGUCGUCACCUCUCGGGAAAAUUCUCUGCAAGUCUUCGUGGUGACUGAAGAAUGUAUAUUUUCUUAUGAUGGGUGGGGGGAGGGGCUGUUUAAGUCUAGACGGUUACGGUUAGCAGAGCGAGUGGAAAAAAGCGGUGGUCGGUUUUUGGAGGUUUUCUGCUACUUGCCAGUCUAAACACACUGUAAGUAUUGUCACGUUAUUGUUGUUCGCUCCUUUCUGCCCCUCUGGUAUUACACACGUAGACUAAUAAACCAUUUUAAACCUC